AUGUCGCUUCAGUCAGCAUCCUCCACAGCAUCCUCUGAGACUAGGUAUACCCGGCCCUUGUUUCUUCGAGAUUUUCAUAUAGCGAUGAUUUGCGCCUUACCACUUGAAUACGACGCUGCUUCUCUUCUUGUCGAUGAGUUCUGGGACGAGGGUGGCAAACAGUAUGGACACACCUCGGGAGAUUCGAAUACGUAUCGAAAUGGCCGGAUCGGAAUGCAUAACGUCGUUCUCAUGCUUCUUCCAAGUAUGGGGAAAGUCGCAGUCGCAAGAUCAGAAGCCUGUCUGCGCACAAGUUACGCAAGCUUAAGACUUGCUUUCCUUGUUGGUGUUUGCGGUAGUGCACCUGGAAUUCAUGAGAUACUUCUCGGGGAUGUUGUCGUUAGCGACGAUGUUAUUCAAUACGACUUUGGCAGACAGUACCCUGGAAGCUUUAUUCCAAAAGAGUUAGUUGCUUCUUUGCGCGGCUCAAGCAAGGAUAUUCGAGGUCUCAUCGCAUACUUCAGGACUGAACCUGGGAAAAGAGACUUGCAGGGGGAUGCAGCCAAAUAUCUGAAAGCUUUGCAAGAGGCAUCCAUUUCUCGGGGCUAUCAACAUAGUUAUAUCCCUCCUGGAGCUAAAGAGCAUAAGCUUUUCGCAGCAUCUUAUCAUCACAAACAUAGAAGGUCAUCGUGCAACUUCUGUCAUAGAGAGAUAGAAACAUUCUGUGAGGAAGCUUCCAAAGCACCUUGUGCCGAGCUGGUCUGUGACGAAAGAGAGCUAGUUUCUAGACAGGGCCUCCAGAAACGGGAUCAAAUCCCGCAAGUUUUUAUCGGACGUAUCGCCCCAGGAGAUACUGUGAUGAAGUAUGGAGAGCACCGAGACGAGGUUGCAAAGCAGUACGAUGUCAUUUCCUUUGAAAUGGAAGGCGCUGGAAUUUGGGACGAGGUCCCAAGUAUCAUUGUCAAAGGGGUCUGA